AUGGCUCCUCGCGAGGAGCUGAUCACGUCUGCUGUGACCUUUCUCCAAGACCCAUCAGUGGCUUCAUCGCCUAUCGAGAAGAGAGUCGCAUUCCUGCAAUCAAAGAACUUAACCCAAGAAGAAGUCGACCUCGCCUUAUCGCGAGUGGGUGAGGACCCAGCCGCCGCCGCUGCCGCUGCCACCGGCGCAGUAUCAUCGCCAGCCCCCUCUUCACAACAGCUUGCCUACCGACCACCACCACAGUCACCCCAAGGAUAUGGCUACCCCCCAUACAGCCAAUGGCAACCACCUCCAGAGCCACCAAAGCGUGAUUGGCGCGACUGGUUUAUCAUGGCGACUGUAGUAGGUGGAGUGGGAUAUGGACUGUAUUCCGUAACCAAGCGCUAUAUAUCACCAUUGAUUGCCCCGCCAACUCCUCCUCAACUGGAACAAGAUAAAGAGAACAUUGACGAGCAAUUCUCUCGGGCAUUUGAUCUGAUUGAACAGCUCUCGACCGAUACUGCAGCCCUGAAGGCCGCCGAAGAUGCUCGCACUGAGCGCCUGGAUUCCGCUCUCAAGGACGUAGAAAGUCUUGUUGCAGAUUUAAAAACAUCUUCGCGGAGGAGAGACGAUGAAACCCGCCGUAUUAGUGAUGAGGUCAAGUCGUUAAAGGACGCCAUUCCCAAAGCUCUCGAGGGCGCCCGGGAGGGCAAUGAGAACCGAUUGAAAGAACUUGGAACCGAGCUGAAGAGCCUCAAGGUUCUUCUGGGUAACCGUCUCGGUGGCAGUGGUGCCGCUCCGGUGGCUGGUAGAACUCUGGGUAGCUCUACUCCCCCUCCCCCUCCCCCUCCUGUCUCAUCCACUGCGUCCCCGUCGACCCCAACAAAUACCACUGCUGCUUCCGCUGCGUCAACCACAAACGGCAUGCAGGCAACUGUAACCUCACCAGAGCAGGAAACUCAGUCGUCGGUGAGCUCUCCUGCCGCUCCUGUUCAGAGCAACCCCCUCUCACAACUCAAUCGGUCGGCUUCUAUCCCGGCCUGGCAAAUGGCUGCCGCCAACCGAACUAAGAGCUCCUCGCCAUCGAGCCCGGCAGUGGCUCCUAUCGAAAAGCCCGCCGGAACGGCUAAUGAGCAGACUACUCCACCUAGCUAG